AUGGUGAGGGCUCCUUGCUGCGAGAAGAUGGGUCUGAAGAAGGGGCCAUGGACUUCAGAAGAAGACCAGAUACUGAUUACUUACAUUCAGAGAUACGGCCAUGCGAACUGGCGUGCGCUGCCGAAACAAGCUGGUUUGUCGAGAUGUGGGAAGAGUUGUAGGCUUCGGUGGAUUAACUACCUGCGACCCGAUAUCAAACGAGGGAACUUCACAAAGGAGGAAGAGGAAACCAUCAUCAGCUUGCAUGAGAUGAUCGGGAACAGAUGGUCCGCAAUUGCCGCGAGAUUGCCGGGGCGAACGGACAACGAGAUCAAGAAUGUGUGGCACACACGCCUAAAGAAGAGAGUGAAGCCGAACCAGGUAGCCCAAGAACCAAAGAUAAAAACCCAUUCUGAUGCAUUUAAACAUACACCUCUGGUGCACCCAAGAUUCGAUGAUCCAAGGCUGCUGCCGGCAUCCCAAGAACAAUCAUACAGCGAUUUCUCAUGCACGGCUACCGAUUCAUAUACAAUGUCGGGAGAGAACACGAACAGCGUGGCUGUCAAAGAAGACAGCUUUUGUUCGGAAGAAUUCCCAGAGAUUGAUGAGAGUUUCUGGUCGGAGGUGUUAUCCAUGGACAGCCGUGCUGCACCGGUGGAUCUCACAGCAUUACAAGGUCCAGCAUCUGGUCCUCUAGGCGAGCAUUUCGGCUCCUUUGGGGCUUCGGACAACGAUGACAUGGACUUUUGGCUAAGGGUAUUCCUAGAAGCCGGUGAUUUGCAGGCUUUGCCGGAAAUGUAACACAUGUAAUGGAGAUUCGAGAGAUUUCACAUGAUUUUUUUUUAUAAAAAAAGUAGGGUAGAAGACAUUAACUUCAGAUUUUUUUAUCCCCUUUCAAUUUUAUAGUGGUGGUGUAUUGGUUUGCUCU